UAUAAACACCAAAGAACCGAAGUUUUCAUCACUAAGACUACAGCUAUGUAUCAUUCUUCGCAGGAGUUCACCGGAGUUCAUAACAGUGUGGCCAACGUUGGAGGCUCAGAAAACAACACCUUCAACUUCCAACAUCAUGACCAACAUCUGUUUGAUGUUCCCGUUUCAUGUUUGAACUUCGAUUCGCAAAAUUUUCUGUGUCAGUCUUCUGGGGACAACUCGGCUCAACUGUUCGGAAGUGUUGUUGAUUCCUUCUUAUCCACCCAUGAAGACACGUUCUACGAAACGUAUAGUGUUUACGAGCAUUUCAGAAACGAGAAAAAUAACGUAUCGGAGGGUGGUGCUUCUGCCCCAGUUGAUGGGGUUGAGGUUGUUUGUGCCACUUCUGGAAACACAGCUUCUAGCAUGGUUCCAACGAGGAAAAAAAAAGGAAUAAAAUGGACCAAAGAUUUGCACGAACAGUUCGUAGCAGCUGUUAACAGCCUUGGUGGUGCUCAAAAAGCAACGCCCAAGGCAGUGCUAAGGAUGAUGAAUUCAAAGUCCCUGACAAUUUUUCAUGUUAAAAGCCACUUGCAGAAAUAUCGAUCCACUAUGUUCGUGAAGAACACUUUCAGAGAAGGGCACGAAGAAAGUGAUGGCAGAGACAUGGUCACUGAACUUCAACAGAAAAUAUGUAUGCAAAUUGAGGAAUCACGAAAACUGCAACUUGAGAUUGGGAGGGGUAUUCAAGAACAAUUAGAGCUUCAACGAAAUUUGCAAAUGCUGGUCCAAGAACAAAAGAAACAGGUCAACGAUGCAAAGAAAGGAAAUUGAAGAUCAUCAUUUAAGGUUCUGAAAUUUUGUAUCUUCUUUUGAGAAAAACUCUCCCAUUUUGUUCUGAUGCCAUAAACUUAAAGAGUAAUGUGUCAACAUAUUGAAGCAAAGGUGUUUGUGUGGGCUUCAUUUUUAUGAUAUUGUUAGCGUCAUUCUUGUGAUAUUCUUCGGUUUCUUUCACUUCUUAUGCAAUCUUUGGUCCACAUUCACAUUUAGAACUACGACAUGAUG